AUGGGGUCAUUCAAUUCUUCGCAUCAACAACAACCUCAAGAACAACAAGAAGAAGAAGCAGCAGCAGCAGCAGCUCACCUCAGCUCAUCAGAUCUGCAAAUAUAUCAGCAGCAGCAGCAGCCAUCAGAGAUUGGAUUCACUACUACUAUUACUAAUACAACAACAACAGCAACAACAACUAGUUCAUUAACAACACCGCAAAACACAAUAAUGCACAUUCGCCAAUUACUCAUUACCUGCGCCGAGCUCAUCGCUCACUCCGAUUUCUCUGCCGCUCACCGUAUGGUUUCCAUUUUAUUUGCAAACUCUUCGCCUUACGGUGAUUCCACGGAAAGAUUGGCUCACCAGUUCGCCAGAGCCCUCUUCCUCAGACUCAAUCCCAAUCCAUCCUCCACUACUACUACUACUACUACUACUGGUACUAGUACUAGUACUACCACUGCUACUGCUGCUAGUAGUGACGCAUCAGCUAUUCAGUCAUGCUAUCUAACCCUAAACCAGAUCACUCCAUUUAUCAGAUUCACUCAUCUCACUGCAAACCAAGCCAUCUUAGAAGCCAUCGACGAAGAUCAACAAGCCAUUCACAUCCUCGAUUUCGACAUUAUGCACGGCGUUCAAUGGCCACCAUUUAUGCAAGCACUUGCCGAGCGUUCCUUCAACACCCUCCGACCUCCACCUAUGCUCCGAAUCACCGCCACCGGAACCGAUCUGGAUUUGCUAAACCGAACAGGAGACCGACUCCUGAGGUUCGCUCAGUCACUCGGUCUCCGGUUUCAAUUUCAUCCCCUUCUACUUCUCCCUGAUAAUGUUAAUACACUUCCUUCGGGACUAUCUCUUCUUCCGGACGAAGCUCUGGCGGUAAACUGUAUGAUGUACCUGCACAGGCUUCUUGAAGGCCAAGACGGUUACGAUUACGAUUGCGGCGGCCACCACCAUCAUCAUCAUCAUCACCACCACCACCGAUACGGUGUGCUCCGAGGUUUUCUUCAAAAGAUCAAAGCUCUGAAUCCAAAGAUAGUGACGAUUGCGGAAAGAGAAGCGGAGCAUAACAGCCCAGUGUUCUUGCAGAGAUUCGUGGAUGCUUUGGACUAUUACGCCGCGAUCUUCGAUUGUCUGGAAGCGAAUCUGCCGCCGAAUAGCAGAGAGAGACUGAGUGUGGAGCAGGUGUGGUUUGGGAAAGAGAUCGUGGAUGUGAUUGCGGAAGAUGGAGAUGGUAGGCAGCGUUCCGAGAGAUAUGAGACGUGGGAAAGUUUGCUUAGAGGUUGUGGUUUCUCCAAUGUUCCGUUGAGUCCCUUUGCACUUUCUCAGGCUAAGCUUCUUCUUAGACUCCAUUACCCUUCUGAAGGUUAUCAACUUCGGAUUCUUAAUGAUUCUUUCUUCUUAGGUUGGCAGAGUCGUCCCCUUUUCUCAGUUUCUUCAUGGCACUAAUAAUAUAUAUAUAUAUAUAUAUAAUAAUUCUAUUCCAAAUACAAAUUUCUCUUUGCUAUAUAUGAAUAUAUUAUUGCCCCUUGUUUUCCUACCAGAAAGGAAACACAAAAUGGAAGAACAAAAUGAAAUUGUAUUAUUGUUAUUAUUGUUAGUAGUAGUAGUAGUAGUUGUUGUAGUAGUAGGUUUGUGUUAGCUGGAAGAUUGACCUUUGCAAACCACUUACCAAAAAGAUCCCGGACUUAAAAUUUCUUCUUCGGACAAAAGAUGUCUUCCUCGUACUCAAUGUUGGAUUAACUUAUAUGGGAGCUGUGAAUUGUUGCAUGAGAAAACUAUGGAAGCAGAAAGCUAUACGGCAAGCAUUUUAGAUUCUUCAAUUGAUCCGAACCGACCUAGCUGCUACUGUUUGGCUCCAUUGUUUUACCAUGCACCUUCUUCAUCUUCAUACACUGUUCUUGCUUUUCUUCGAGAGAGCUGAAUUUGAUGAUAGGUUGUUAUUGUUAUAUGUAUGUUAUA